CGUCAGUCCCAACGCUACGACGUUGGUGCCAUGGAGCACUUGCAGAGUGUUUGGAAAGAUGCGCCUGCCAUCAGCCGCAGCUUCACCGUGAUCCCCUUGGUGUUUCAUUGCGCCAGCUGGCGAUGGUCCCGGGAACUCGAUGUCUUGAAGCUUUCCCUCGACAGUUUUAGGAAUGAAGGCCACUACUGGGCCAUCUUUACGGCACCAUUUUGGGAGCCUGCUGGAGGAGGACUGUUGCAGUCGCUGUUCGCCCUGCUGGUUGCUUACUGGAUCCUCUCUGGCUUGCCACGCAUUGAACGUGCCAUGGGUUCCGGAAAGCUGUUGCUUUGGAGCUGCUGUGCCACCAUUGCGGUGAACGUGGUGUUCCUGCUCUUUGCUUUGGUACUGGAUCUUUUCUAUCAAGCCAGGAGUUGGUACUCCAUUUGGCCUUUGAUCCCCACCCGCGGUCUGGUUCCUGUUGCCAUCUACGCCCUAACAGUGCACAGCUUGGCGGCGGGGGAAGCGGAAACCACCCUGGUGGGGAUACCGCUCAAGAGGAAGCACUAUCCCCUGGCCAUCGUGGUUUUUUUUUGCCUCCUGAACGGUGCUGCCGAGCUGGGCGUCGUUGCAGCCUUGGCCUUGGGCUAUCUGAGGGAAAGGAUACAGAUCGAUGCCGUGCUUCCAUCGGAUGGAAAAAUACAGAGAUGGGAGCGCUCCCCUGUGCUCUUCUUUGGUCGUCGCCUUUUUAAUGGCCGCUGGGUUCGCAUCACCGAAGCAGACGCCACGGCCGGAACCGCGCUCUUUGGGGAGGCCCGGCUGCCCAUGCAGGGCAGGCCUGUGGGCCGGCAGCAAGCACCACCCGAGUUCAGGGCUUUUCAAGGCUCUGGGCAUCGUCUUGGACGCUGAGCUGCAGACACAACACCUGGUGCCGUGCGGUGCCGCGAGAUGAAAAA